UGAGGCUGGGCCCAAGACUCCUGGUUGACGAAGGCUACUGGCAAAACCGGGCCAUUGCAUAUCGUGGACACGUUACAUUCACUUGGCGUCCGUUAAAUGCGCGUUAAAUGUCCUUGAACUCAUACGAAUGCGGGCCUGAGGUUCGGUGUCAGGGGCCCAGUUAACUGCCGACCGACUGACCACCCCCUGGUCCCAGAUGUGUCGCACCGCCUUUCUCGGUGAGCUUGUCGUGCCAUCUCAGCUUACCGUUUCUUGUCGCUCUCUGCUUUCUUCUCGUGUCAUGAGACUUCUCGCCAGUAUCUGCCGUUGUCAUGACAGGGAACACGGUAGCUGUGAUUGGGCUGGGGGCAAUGGGUAUUGUGGCGGUCAAGAAUCUGUUGGAGGAGGAUUUCGACGUGACUGGCUUUGAGAACAGUGGCUAUGUCGGUGGACUAUGGCAUUAUACUGAGGAUAGGGACACGUUGAGCGUGUUAAAGGAUACCCAGGUGAAUGUCUCGAUAGACAGGGGCUGCUACACAGACUUCCCGUUUCCAAAAGGAACACCACCUUUUCCCUCCGCUUCCAUGGUUGAGGAGUAUCUCGAAGCAUACGUCGACCACUUCCAUCUCCGUCCCCAUCUCCGUCUCAAUGCGACUGUCGAGAGGAUCGUCUUUGUAGACGAGAAGCAGCAGUGGCGGAUAGAUGUGCAUGGCGAGGACGCCAGGCACUUUGACAGGAUUGUCAUGGCUACCGGCCCGCAUGUUCGGCCCAGCAUGCCUCACGUCGAAAAUUCGAGGCUUCUUACGGCUGAGUUCAUACACUCCAAGGCUUUCAAACGACCGCACGACUACGCAGGAAAAAGGGUGCUACUGCUGGGACUGGGCAACACCAGUGGUGACAUUGCCCAUGCUCUGGUGCCGCACGCCUCGUCCAUCUGUAUAGCGCAUCAUCGCGGCGCUCUCAUAAUGCCACGCCUUAUCAACGGCCAGCCGGUCAAUAGGCUCGUCACUCAGCGACGCAUCAACACUCAGGAUUUCAUCGAGCGUUUCAGUCCUUCUCUUGUGGAAAAGUCUCUCAAUAAGAAGGCAAAGGAAGUCAUGACAAACUCCUUUGGUGUCCCGAAACCAGAAUGGGGGCUCGAACCUGCCCCAUCCAUGAUGGUGGCUACGCCUGUCGUGUCCGACACGCUCAUCGACCACUUCAAAUCAGGAGCGGUAGCCUCUGUGCCUGGCGUGAGACAAGUCGUGGGACCCCGACAGGUCGAGCUUGAAGAUGGCGAAGUCAUAGAGGUCGAUGCGAUCAUCUGCUGCACGGGUUACCAGAAUGACUUUGGGAUCCUGGAUCCUCGAUACGAUCCGAGUGCGAGCCAAAAUCCACACUGGACGGCCGCCCCCGGGUCCAAAGGUCGUCCGCUGCCACGGUUAUAUCAGAACGUCUUCUCCCUCGAAAAGCCAGAGUCCCUCGCGUUCAUGGGCUGCGCGUGGUUCCCAACAGGGGCGUUUCUACUAGCUGAUCUGGCCAGCAUGUCGGUCGCGCAAAUCUGGAAGGGCAACUCGGAUCUUCCGACGCGCGAAGCCAUGCAGAACUGGGUAGCCAGGCAGGAGGAGAGGAUGGUGGCACUGGCGCAACGAGGGUCGCCCGUUCCUGCGUCUGUGCCACAGAGGGAGUGGCUGCUAUGGGCGGACGCGACGGCUGGACUGGGCGUGUUCGAACGACUGGGCUGGGGCCUCAGAGGGUGGCUUUUCUGGUGGCAGGAGAGGGACUUGUGGAGGAUGCUCAUGGAUGGCGUGCUGACGAGCGUCAUGUGGAGGCUCUUUGACCAAGGGAAACGAAAACCCUGGACUGGUGCGCGGGCGGAGCUGGAGAGACUGAAUCAGGAGGCGAACCAAUGGUGA